UAUGCUUUUCUUCCUCGUUGAUGGUAGCGGUCCAGAUUCAGAAACAACUACUUACUUCCGCAUUUUAUCUCAAUUAAUCUUGUUUGAUGAGAUGCACAGACUCAUUAUAAACAAUGACGAUAAUUAAAGGACUGGUCAGUCGACAAUGACAGUUCACAGGGAAAUGAUGGCGGUGGAACAGGACUCCAAAACCAGACUAUCUGUCUUCUCCAAGAUGGAGAAGAUGAUAGUUGCCAUGGCAAAGUCAGACAACGAUGGCAUUGUUAUGAGGACAAAGAAAAAUCUAUUUAGUGACCAAAUUCAAUCCUUCUCAGGCUGUGAUAUUGUGGACUGGUUAAAGAGAAAGUACAAUAUAUCUGAUGUCAAGGAAGCGUGUUACCUAGCAACCAAUUUAUGUCAAUAUGGCUAUAUAUACCCAAUAGACUUUAAACUCUCAAGUUACAUUGUGAAAUAUGACAGAUCUGCAGAAUAUAGGUUCCAGGCUCCAUAUUUCUGGCCAUUCCGUAAAGAUGGGACAGCAGAUAGCAUCAAAUAUGCAAUCUAUCUACAGAAAAGAAGUUUAAGAAAUAAACAGAAACAUGGAUUAGAACCUUAUGAACAGGAGGCAUUUGACAAACUACUGAAGGUGUUUGCCGAUAAGAAAGAAUUUAUAGAGAAGCAAGCAAAAGAACAAGUCAGAAUGACCAAAGCAGGGUUAUAUUUUCAUGGCCAUCAAGCAGCUUCUGUUAGUGAAGCAAAGAGGCAGCGAAGAACAGAGAAGGUGUUGUUAGAUCUGCAGGAGAAGGCAUUCUGGAGAGUUCAUCGACCUCCGCCUGGUUGUAUAAAGACAAUGGAAGAGGGACCAAAGAGGUAUUUCCAGCCAAGUCAGAUGGCAGCGAGGCGAAGAAAGAACAAGGAAUCAUAUAAAGCUGAGAUUAAGUUUCUCCAGAGAGCCCUAGAGAAACCCAAGCCAAAACUCUCUAAGGUCCUUGAAAGUUACCUGACCUGGAAUGAGCAGUACCAGGAAUACGAUCCGUUUCUGGAUCAGAGUGCAGCGCUUCCAUCCAAUCCCUGGAUCUCUGAUGACACGUUGUUCUGGGAAGCCAAUGACAACUUGGUAAAGAUUCCCACAGAAUUAAGAGUCAAGAAAUGGGGGAUUAGCUUUUACAACCUGAUUAAGGAUGAGCAGGGGCUGACGGAGUUUGAGAGCUUUCUACAUACGGAGUACAGUCAGGAAAACAUCAGGUUCUGGAAGGAAGUGGAGGAUAUGAAGUACGGACCUCGGUCACUGGUUGUGGCCUCUGUGGACAAAAUCUACAGAGAAUAUUUAGCUAAAGGAGCACCAAAAGAAAUAAAUAUAGACAGCAAAACAUUAGAAACAGUCAAUAAAAACAGAGAGAAGUUGCAUGGUAAACCAGAUGCUUUAAGGUAUAUAUUUGACCCUGCCCAGGAACAUAUAUAUUUACUGAUGAAGAAAGAUAGUUAUCCUCGAUUCCUAAGAUCUGACCAGUAUCUGACCCUGAAAGAGACUGCCCAUAAUCAGCCAAUAAAGAAAAGGUUCUUUGGGUUUGGGAGUGGAAAAACCCAGAUCAAGCGACAGACGCCAAGCCCCAAGUUACCUCGCCGCAGCACGUCCAGUGAAAGAGAGGCUAACUCUGACAUCAGCGGGGAUUCCCCCAUCCAUUCCAUUACACCAAUGCAUUCCUACAGCACGGGGAAUCUAAAGGACAUGGAUAUAAAGCAAACCCCCACCUCCUCCAGCCUAAGAAUUAAACCGACAUAUGUUCAGACAACCCCUCCUGCUGUCCGUGGACUCUCCCCCGGGCAAACCAGAAGGCGGUCUGACGAACCCAGCCGCACAAGGUCAAUGAAUAUCGGCGACCCGCGACGAAAGAGCAACUUGGAAGUUCCACGUUCAUUUCCGAUCUCUACAGAUAAACGAAAGUCUGAUGCUGCUACACUGCUAAGUCUGAAUGUCCCAGCCAAGAACAACAGCAUAGCACCCUGGGAAGGGGAGGACCAGUAAAGGACCAGUUUACAAAGAUGUGUUUUAAAAAUAAUGUUGGACAUGUUCUAUAGUUCUAGCUGUUAUUUGCAUAUCAGUGCAUUAGAGAGUUUACUUAUAGAACUGUUUUGUUUUGUUUUGUAGACAAUCAUAUUUUUUCAAGUGACAUUCAAAAUGUGAAAUAGUAUUAGUGCAAUUGCACAAGACCCUUUUGUUUCCCCCCACUAUUUGGUCCUAUUGUGUGAUAUAUAUGUUGACAUUAUUUUUUCACAGCUCAAAACCAUCUCUCCGAUACAGAUAUUUUUCGCCAUUUUAUUUUGUAUACAUGUUUUUAGGUGCUAUAUUUUUUAAUCUGCUUAUCCCCCUAGUGCUUUGAAUUCCAGUACUAUGUUAUGUUUAAUAGUGAAUGAUUCCUAUAAUACAUUCAAACCUGUAUUAAAUCCAACCACGAAAGAAAUAAGAAUGAGGAUUGUAUACGUGUAUAUAUACACAGUCAUCAUUUGGUGAUUCUGCAAGCUGUACAUAAUAUCGCCACAAUUUUCUGAAGGUUCAAGUCAGUAAAAAAUGAAUGUACAUGAUUAACACAUAUUUAUUUUUCAAACUUCAAAAGUAUGGUAACUGUUAACUGGUUAAGUGUCGUUUCUAUAAUGCUAGUACUUGUAUGUUCUUCUUAGUGCUCUUCCAUCAAAAAAGAUUUCAUUCAGCUGAACGUAUUCCACAGUGUUAAGAAAAAAAAAGAUUCAGUCCAUUAACUGAAAUAAAAAAAUGUCAGUUGAUAAAUUCAGGUUUGUUUUUAUGUAAGGGUAAUAUCUAAUGCUUUCUGCUUGAAAAAAAAUUUUGUGUUAUGGUAGGGAAAUAACUGUUUUUUUUUUUUUUUUUUUUUUUUUUUGCAUAUUGAUCUCCAAGCCAAAAGAUAGACAUUUCUAUGAAUGCAACAGUGCUCAAUAUAAAAUAUCACUUAGUUAAAGUACUUAAAUAUUUAAAAAUGACUUUAAAAAUUAUGGUAUAUUCAUAUGGGGAAAUGGUAAAUGAUAUAUAAAGUCAUACAUUUUCAGUAUUAAACUGAAAAGCUGCUGAAAUCUGCGAUUAGUACAGGAAUACAUGCAUAGCUUGGGCAGUUUUGUAUUAACUCGAUCAGUACUGUAUUUAAUUUUCUGAAGUAAAUCUUAAGUACUUGUAUGCAUACUUGUAACAGUAAAAUGACGUAGGGUAAUAAUUUUUAUUAUCAUUAUAUUUCAACAGUUUAUUCCUUUUUUCUCAGGUAAACUUUGGUCAUGACCUUUUUUCCAAAUGUUCCAAAUGUACUUAAUUUCUUCAUGCCAAAAAAGAAAAGGAUAUUAAAAUAGGAUUUGAUCCCACAAGUUUAUAUUAACUGCUGCGUUAUAAGAAAAAAAAAGGACCAUGUUUCAUCGCUGAUGCUAUAUAACAUCAGAAUGGGCACAAUCCUAAUGUAAGAUACCUUCUGUGAGAAAUAUUAUUUCAUGGUUAUCUGUAUAUCAGUAAAUUUUCAAAAAGUCAAAACUUGUACAUGUAUUAGCUGAUAUGGUGAUGUUUUACUGUGAUGUUUAGAUUUGUGUAAUAUUAAAUUGUACAUUCCAUUCUCGAUCUGUUAGUUGUUCAUCAAGCUAGAGAUCUCGGUUUCAGAUAUAUAAUCAUGUCAGUGUAAUUUGAUUAUGAUAUAAGCUAUAAAUUACUCUAAGUUACCUGAAUAAUAUCACCGUUUAUCACAACCAGUUUUGUUAAAAACUAAGUCAAUAAAAUUUUUGUUUCAUACAUUCCUUGAAACAAAUGUAAUUUUUGUAUAUGACUGUGUACAUCAUUUUAAUUAUGCCAAAUUAAAUGUGCAGGGCUGUGAAAUUUAGAAUUUCAUACUUGAGAAGAUCCAUCAGUUUGCUUUACAUGCAUGUUCAUUCUAAAAAUAAUUCCUGACCACCAUUGCUAAUAUAGUGCAAUCUAACUCUUUUAUAUUCGAUGCCCUUUUCAGUCCUGAUGUAUAUUUGUAUAUGCCUAUUCAUAUUUAACCUGUCUAGUCUUAUAUACAUGUAUAUACAUAUUUUGUCAAAUCCAAAUAUAGUCACCAUGUACUUAACAUUUCCCAAUAUUUUAUAUUAUACAUAAUUUUGUGUUCACUAAACCAAUCACACACUAAGUUGUGGUGUUACGUGUAUGUUACUAUCACAUUGAUUGAUGACACUAAUGUGCGUAGGGUUUAUAUUGUUGGUUGAGAUGCACAAAUGUGCAUGAAGUGUUUACUGAGUUGUUGAGGUAUAUGUGUACUAAUACUAAUUAGUACUAGUACUACAUUAAUACUAGGUGCAAUAUUCUUCUAGUCAGUUAUUGUAUCAAUUGAUUAAAUUGUUAUGGAUAUCAGAUAUGAUAGAAAAAUGUGAUUUUAAGAAAUUAUUUUAUGCUAGCAUAUUGUUAAGGAUUAUAUGGAAGGAAACCACAGCACAUGAAAAUAUAGUCUUGCUUUUAAAUACUGAAUAUCUAUCUGAAAAUAAGGUGCUGUGGAAAUAUAGUGAUUUACAGUAUAGAAUUUGUUAAAAUUUCUUUUGAACUUCAAAUUAAUGUACAUGUGAAAAAAAACUUCUACAUGUAUGGGAUUUGCAUAUAAAUUUUUAUGUUUAAGAUAUAAUAUUUCCUCAAUCGAUUUAAAACCUUUAUUGUGAAAGGUUUAUAGAGAAUGUAUAUUUAAUAAACCCACUAGUUUGAAUGUGAAAGAUGGAGAGAAAAAAUAUUAUUAAAGAUAUAAGCCUAACUUUAUGUUGUAUUGUUGAUGAGAGUGCUUAGCUUUAUGUAUAUUAAUCGUAUAUAUAAACUACACUGUAUAAAUGGGAAUAAAAUUCCAUUGUUUUCAUGUACUAUAGAGAAAAUGCACUUUAAUGACAUUUUUUAACAAAAAAAAAUGCAAUAUCCAGAAGAUUCUUUUAACCUUUAAUUGAAUUGUUUUAGAAUUGCUUUAUACUCAUAUUAAAACAAGUGAGGAAACCUU